UGAUGGAAGAAGACAAGCCAGGACCAGGCAUGGUGUAUGACAGAGCAAGAGGACAGUGGGAAGAACCUACAGCAACCGAGCGAGAACUGGCGAUGGGAUACAUACCAGGGGCAACAGCCGCACGAGGAGUACCAGAGCGAGAGCGAAGAGCCGCCCUGGGGCGGGCAAUGGAUCAGCAUGCAUUACGAAAAGGAAGGCCAGAGACAAUGGGAGGUGAGCUCGGAACUGGACAGCAAGGUGGCGGCAGAGAUACAGCAAGUUUUAGCAGAGCAUCGGAAGACCUUCGCAUACACCCUGCAAGAAUUGGGGAAGUGCAAGCUGCACGAGCUCGAGCUACCUCUGGACACCACGGUGCCCAUUUACCAGAGGAGGCGGCGGAUGAGCCCGGGAGACGAAGAGAUCUGUCGCGGCAAGUGCAGAGAGCUGCUAGAUGCAGGACUGAUACGGCCGUCAAACUCGGCAUACGCAGCGGCUACGGUGGUAGCAGCGAGGACAGACUUGACCGGAGAAGUACUGGCCAGGAGAAUGUGUGGUGACUACCGGGAGUUAAACCGCAUAACAAAAGCAGAUCGUUACAGCAUGCCCACGGCAGAGGAGAUCUUCGACAGGCUGGAAGGAGCGGUCAUCUUUUCAACACUGGACAUGCGGCAGGGGUUCAAUCAGAUAGUCAUUAGGGAAGAAGACAAAUGCAAGACCGCCUUCCAUGGCGUGGUUGGCCUGUACGAGUGGAAUGUAAUGCCAUUCGGACUGAGGAAUGCCUCAGCCGUGUUCCAGCGAGUCAUGGAUCAGGUACUGAAGACGGUACCAUCAGCAGCGUGCUACAUUGAUGAUGUGGUGAUCUACAGCAAGACGGAGGAGGAACAUGCGGAGCAUCUGAGAGCAACACUGGACGCGAUAGCAGCAGCGGGACUAAUUGAGGCAAAGGUGGCAGUGCUUGACAAGCUGGGGGCACCGAAGGACAAGGGAGCACUGAGGGCACUCCUGGGGUUUCUAAACUACUACCGACGCUCUAUCCCCAAUUUAAGCAAGAGAGCUCACCGGCUGAACCAACUGCUGAGGGAAGGGCAAACCUGGAAGUGGGGACCAGAGGAGGAACAGGCAAGAAGGGACCUGCUAGAGGCCAUUAAAGCAGGAACGGUACUACAGCUGCCAAGGAGAGACUUACCGUUCACGCUGUACACUGACUGGAGCAGCACGGGCAUGGGAGCAGUAUUGUGUCAAGAGGUAGAGGGAGAAGAGCAAGUGGUAGCGUAUGCCAGUCGAAGCUGCACUGCAACAGAAGCCAACUACAGUUCAUACGAAGGGGAAGGAUUAGCGGCUGUGUGGGGAGUGACACACUUCAGGGCCUACUUGCAAGGACAAAGAUACACGCUGAUAACAGACCACCAGCCACUCCUGUGGCUGAUGACCAACGGAUCCUUGACAGGGCGGAAUGCACGGUGGGCAAUGCGACUGCAAGAGUACGACUUCAUCAUCAAGCAUCGCGCAGGAAAGACGCUACAACAUGCAGACGGGCUGUCACGGAAUCCUCCCCCAGUGGUAGAGCAGAAAUGGGCAGCAGUGGCAGCGGAGGGAGAAGAGAAGGGAGAUGUGCAGGAGCUGAAGGAACAAAAGGCAGCGGAUAUUUGGUUAGAUAAGGAGACACUCCACUGGGUACAAGGGCUGACCGAAGACACUGCAGCAACACUCGCGCGAUUCGAGAAGGACGUGAAGCGAACCGACACCGGGUUCCUGGCGAUAGCAACAGAGGUAGAGAACGACGGAGAGAAGACCUCGGAACCUCCAGGAAAGAUCAAGGAAUUAUUGAAGGAGUUCCAAGAUAUUCUUCCGGACGAUCUUCCGAACGAGCUACCGCCAUACCGAACGCAUCAACACGAGAUCGUAGAGGAACGGGGUUCAAAGCCGACCUUCCGAGCACCAUAUCGGCUCAGCUCUACGGAGCUGACCGACAUGAAAAAACAUAUCGAGUAUCUCCUAGCCAAAGGACUCAUCCGACCAUCCACUUCGCCAUACGGUACCCCAGUACUCUUCACACCGAAACCGGACGGAAGCCUGCGCAUGUGCAUCGACUACCGAGCUCUUAACAAGCAGACCAUCAAGAAUAAAUAUGCGAUACCGCGAAUCGAUGACCUGCUUGACCAGCUUCGGGGAGCUACGGUAUUUUCCAAACUGGAUCUGCGGUCCGGAUACUGGCAGAUUCGGAUGGCGGACAACUCUAUCCACAAAACUGCUUUCCGAACUCGGUAUGGAUCGUACGAGUAUUUGGUAAUGCCAUUCGAACUCACCAACGCACCGGCAACAUUCCAAGCCGACAUGAACCACAUUCUAUGACCACUUUUGGACGAGUGCGUGGU